UUAGAGCACUUAUCCGGUGCAACAUGAUUGUUCAAAAGUGACCCUGAAAUCCAUUCCAACAUGAAUAAAUUAUUUCGUUUCUUGGUGAAUAAAGAGAUAAAUAAUGUGACCCCACAAACCCUCCACCACUCUAUCAUAAUAAAUUCUGCCACAACCGCUCUAAUUUGCAUCCAUUCUUGCAUCACAUUGAAUUCAUUUCCUAAUUCUCACAAUAUGAUGAUGGCCUUCUCUAAUAAUAAUGACCAAGAACUUGGACUUGGUCUUGGUCUUAGUCUUGUUCAUGGUGAAAACUGUAGGCAGAAGAAGAAGGAGGAGGAGGAGGGUCCAUGCAGCAAUAUUAAGGCAUACCCAUCUCUUACUUUAGGACCAGAACAGGAUUCUAGAUCUUCUCAAAGCGCAGGUGUUUCUUCAUUUUCCAACUCAUCGUCUAGCAUCAAGAGGGAGAGAGACGAAGAAUUCUUGCUGGACUUAGACGAAGAAGAAAACAAGAAGAAUGGUAACCCCAGAAAGAAACUUAGGCUCACCAAACAACAAUCUGCACUCUUAGAGGAUAGCUUCAUACACCAUUCUACUCUGAAUCCGCAAAAGCAAGAGUUGGCAAAGAAGCUCAAUCUGAGAGCGAGGCAAGUGGAGGUGUGGUUUCAGAACAGGAGAGCAAGGACAAAAUUGAAGCAAACGGAAGCGGAGUGUGAGAUAUUGAAGAAGUGGUGUGAGAGGCUAAGAGAAGAGAACAAGAGGUUGCAAAAGGAGCUGCAACAUCUAAAAUCCAUGAAAACAAACAACAAAUAAUAUAAUAACGAUCAUAGUGCUAGUUUAGUUAAUUGCUAUCUUCUUCCUUCUUUUAAUUACUUCAGAGGAAGUAUAGGGAGUCAAUGAAGUAUCUAUACAAUACGUACCAUGGGUAUAAGGAUGUUCGAUUUAGUAGGAUAUUAGAUGUCUAUUAUCUCUCGUACUCGAAUGGUUAUUUUGGAUAGUAUGGAUGUAUUGUGUUUGAAAAAUUAGUAGUAUUUUAUCCUGUAUGUUUAUUUUUUAACUCAUAUUGAGCCAAAUAAAUAGCCCAUUGUACAUAUUGUACAAAUACUCCAUCGACUCCCUAACGGGACUCCUUACUUAAUGAUAUUAUAUAUAGCAGAAAAAUGUUGUUUGAGCUA